AUGGAGAAUCUACCAUUGCUUGUAUUGUGGAAGAUCCAAACAAUGUUGGAGGAUAACAUUGAUCGAGUAUCUUUGGUACUCACAUGUAAAUAUUGGUUCCACUGUCGAAGCUAUAUCCUCAGAUUCAAGGAGUACAACAGUGAUGAUGAAUCAUUAAUAUUCAAUGGUUCAAGGGUAUUCCAACUGGUUAACAAGUGUUAUGAUGAUGAUAUAACAUUUGGAUUGGACUUUGAUAUGUUGGUCGACUCAUCACCGUCGGCCAACUCACAUCUGUGUUAUGUGGAGUCGAUUGAUGAGCUCAAGGAGUGUCCAAAGAAUAUUACUGUUGUCAACUUUGGAAAGAACUUCAAUGGUGUCUUUGCCAAGGGUGAUAUCCCGGACUUUAUCACCGAGAUAAGGUUCGGAAACAAUUACAAGAGGGAGAUAGGACCCGAUAUCCUGCCAAAGAGCCUCAAGAAGCUGGUGUUUGGAAAGUCUUUCGACACCUCCAUCAAGCCAAAUGUCCUCCCUGCAGGACUGGAAACACUUUCAUUCGGUGACAACUACUCACAACCAAUCUUGCCCAACUCUCUCCCAAAGACUCUUACCACAUUGGACUUUGGUGACAUGUUCAAUCACAAGCUGGGGCAAGAUAUCCUGCCGCCAACACUCACUCGCUUGUCCAUCGGAUGCUGUUACAUCCAUCCAUUGACCAAGGACUCGUUGCCUCCAACUCUCAAGCAUCUGUCAAUCAAUCACCGAUACGCCGCUCAUCAAGGUUAUGGUGAGAUCCCAGACAGUGUUGAGUACCUCGUGGCCAAGAUCACACAUGUCUACUCCAAGCCGUACUCAUCUUUCUACCAACCCCUGCGCAACCAAAUUAGCAAGAACACGGUGUGCAACAUGACACUGGACAUCAACAGCGCAUGCAAGGUGCAGAUCAGAGAGUUUGGCAAUGGUUAUUCAUACAUCUUGUUGAAUCAUACACUUGGCGCAUUCAUCCGAACUGAGCUCAUCAACGAUGAACUAUUCACAAAGAAGGCCGUACUUGAUAGGGUCAACAGGAAGACUGAACGAAACAAUAUUCCAACAUACCUAAUGUAG